ACUCUUAAUGUCACAUCUCUAAUCGGCGACGCCAAAACAAAAUAUAUUUUUGCACUUUUGAAAGACUUUUAACCAUUUCGCCAUGUACAACGUGGACUGCAUUCCCAUCAAGGACAUCAAGCCGGGCCUGAAGAACAUCAAUGUGAUCUUUAUCGUCCUGGAAGUGGGCGUGGCCACCGUGACGAAGGAAAACCGCGAAGUGCGGAACUUCAAGGUGGGCGACCCCACGGCCUGCAUAAAUGUCUCGAUUUGGGACGAGCCGGGAAAGCUGAUAGGCCCCGGUGAUAUAGUGAGACUGACCAAGGGCUACGCCUCCAUUUGGAGGCACUCGUUGACCCUGUACUCCGGCAAGAAUGGCGAGGUGUUCAAGAUCGGUGAAUACUGCAUGGUCUUCAACGAGUCGCUCAACAUGAGCGAGCCAAAGCGGGCGGAGCAGCAGGCGGUGGCCAAUCCCGGUGGCCAGUUGGCCACAGUUCCUCCGACGGGACUUCCGGCUGGAAUUCCACAGCCUGUGGUGGCCUCUGCUCCAGGGGCUCCAGCUGCCCAAAGCACCGUGACCACAGCUCCUGCCCCGGCAGCCACCAGUGCUCCCCAGACGACAACGAAACCGGGCACUCGAGGCGGCCGAGGUGGCGGAGGACGGGGUGGCCUCAAGGGCGACCGACGGUAAGUGGUCUGGACACGUGGUCUAGGAUCGGGAACUUAGCGAACAAGAACCAAAACCUAGUAUUAAUGCUUAGCUUAAUGAUAAAUUUUCUCCUAACCAUGUCUUGUAAAGCGUUUUGAUUAUUCAACCUACGAACAAUGAGUGCUUAUAAAGUGUAACAGAUUGUUUCAAAUUAAUAAUAAUAUUUUUCAAAAAUAAAAAUGUUUCGGAAUAAGUUAACGUGGAACAAACAAAUUUAAACUUUCAUUUCAAUGAAAAGGUUUCUUUAGAGCUAAAAUUGUUUAGGCUGACUAAAAUUAUAUUUGCAAAUAUGAAUAAAAUAAUAAUAAUACAA